UAGACUGAAGGCAAAAUGGUUUUACAUCACUGGUAGGAACGAAUUUCAGUGAAACCAUCUUAGAAAAUUGAAGGACAUAACUUCAGAUAGGUUUUUGUUUUCCUUAACCUAGACAGAAAGCCUGCCUUUUAGAAGAGUUUAUAGUACAAAUGACCCAACGGUCACCGAAGAAAAAGGCUGAUUUAAAAAAUUAUGUGUUACUUGAUUCGAGAGAUGGUGCAUUCAUUACGUCUUAAAAAUCACAUGACGUUAGAGCUCACCCAAAUUUCGUAGGAAAACGUUUUUCCUGUAAAAUCCUCUGUUUUGUCUGUUUUGUCAGAGAGAUCUUAUAAAACUAAAGAAAACAGAGCCUGUCAGCUGUGCUUGUGAAGACCCCUGUCAAAUUAGUAGCAGGUGAAGAUGUUUUGGUGCCUAGUGACCAGUACUGCAUAUAUGCAAAGGACGUUGGUAGGUUGGCUCGAAACUGAAAACGUCUUUGGCCUGGCCUGGCCUCCACUGGAGAACAUAUAUUCCUGAUUUCCUUCAGCAAAGUGACACCACUGUUCAGCUAGCACUAGCUUUGGCUUACCCCAUACUCCCAUAGGCCCAUACCAAACACAUUAUAGCUGUCCUCCUCCUCCUCCUCCUCCUCCUCCAUCAACGCCGGCCAUCCAUCUGAUUCUCUCGCAGCUCCAGCAUCAAUGGCAGCUGCCUCUACAGGGAACGGGAGCCCGCCGGUGGGGCUACUGGCGCUGAUGGCGGCGGCAAUGGCGGCGGGGUGGUUCGCGAGCGCCGUCCGUCCACCGCCGCCGACGCCGUGCGGUUCCCCCGGCGGGCCGCCGGUGACGGCGCCGCGGGUGCGGACGCGCGACGGGCGGUUCCUGGCGUACGCCGAGUCCGGCGUGAGCCUGGCCGCGGCGCGGUUCAAGGUGGUGUACUCGCACGGCUUCUCGGGGAGCCGGGCCGACUCGCCGCGGGCGUCCCCGGCCACGCUGGAGGCCCUGGGCGUGUACAUGGUGUCCUUCGACCGCGCCGGGUACGGCGAGAGCGACCCAGACCCGGCGCGGUCGCUGAGGAGCGCCGCGCUCGACGUGGAGGACGUCGCAGACGCGCUCGGGCUCGGGGACGAGUUCUACCUCGUGUGCUCCUCCCUCGGCUGCCACGCGGCGUGGGCGGCGUUCAGGUACAUCCCGCACAGGCUCGCCGGGGCGGCGAUGAUGGCGCCCGUGGUGAACUACCGUUGGGGCGGGCUGCCGAGGGGCCUGGCGCGGCAGCUGUACCGAAGGCAGCCGCGGGGCGACCAGUGGUCGCUCCGUGUCGCGUACUACGCGCCGUGGAUGCUGCACUGGUGGAUGCGCCAGCCGUGGCUGCCCACCUCCACCGUCGUCUCCGGCUCCGGCUCCUUCCCCAACGCACUCGACGAGAAGAACCGCCUCUUCGCCCUCUCCACCGGGAUCUUCCACAAGAAGGCGAAGCUGGCGACGCAGCAGGGGGUGCAGGAGUCGUUCUACCGCGACAUGGCCGUGAUGUUCGGGCGGUGGACAGAGUUCGAGCCGAUGGAUCUCGAGGAGGCGCCGCCGUUCCCGGUGCACCUGUUCCAGGGUGACGAGGACGGCGUCGUGCCGGUGCAGCUGCAGCGGCACAUCUGCCGCCGGCUUGGCUGGAUCAGCUAUCACGAGCUCGCUGAGGUGGGGCACUUCCUGUCGGCGGUGCCAGGGCUCGGCGACAGGAUCAUCAGCACGCUCCUGCCAGCACCGGCAGAUAACAGCUCAAACACCACGGGCAGCGUCUGUGCAUCUUAAAACGAAGGAUGACUGGUCUUCUGUAGGUAGAAAACUGUAGAGGCAAUGCAGAAGACGAAUGAACACAUUUCAUGUGAACUGAACUAAGCCCCUACUGUACUGCACUGAGAAACUGAAGAGAUCAUGGCAUAUGUGUAUAUAUCA